AUGCAGCACGCGAUCAACAAGAAGACGAUUGUUCCGGAUGCGAAUGGAAAUCUGCAAUAUGAACCCGAGGCGAGUUGACUGAAGAGAGAAACUGAACUAAUAUUGCAUCUUCAGGCUCGACGGACAAAACUAUCACCACACGAGUCCAGCAUUAUGGAUCACCUGUUCGAGAUGACGUACGAGAAGGGAAAUCUGGGAAGAAUGUUCAAAAUGCUCAGAAUCUUCGAAAGGACGGGUCUUAGAAUCGGACAGGUUGGAGGACUUGUUUUCAAGUUGAAACGAAGACGAUAGUGGUUCAGGUCGUUCAUCAGAUGAGAAAAAGAUCAAAUAUUCUGAAUGGAAGAGGUCGGAAUUGGAGGGAAAAAAGGACGCUGAAGAUAGACCCGAAAGCUCUGGCAGCGCAGAGAGAGCGGGCGAGGAUCAAGAAGGAGAGACGGAGUGAGAACCUGGAGAAGCGGAUGAAGAAGCAAGAGGAGACGAUUGUCAUUUUGGUACGUUUCCAGAGUAGUCUCAUGAGAGUCCUAGAAGUUAUAUUUUCAGCCGGAGAGCUUCAGGUUCGAACCAUGGCACACCGCAAUGUUCGAAAAGUUUUAUGAGAGCAAUAAGCGAUGCAUAUGCGAAGACAUGAAACGGAUGGUGGCGGCGACGGGCGUCCGUUCCUCGGCGGUAAGUCAGAUCUUCUCCCAACUUGACCUCUGUCUAUAUAUCAGAUAAACUAUUGGUUCGAGUGGCGGAGAAACAGCGACCGCCCGUACGUAGACCCCUCUCUGCUGCCGCCUAAGCAAAAGCGGAUCCAUUACCCGGAAGAAGUGCGGGACGUGCUGGUCACCUUCUACAAGAAGCAAAAGUACGCGAACGCGGAGGAGUACGAAGAGCUUGUGGCGGCCACCGGAUUGACGAAGACGCAGGUGAUCGAGUGGUUCUCGGGGCGACGGAAGUACGAGAAGAGGGCCAUCAACAACUACUACGUGAAGCACGGACUGCCAAAGAAGUACAAAAUACGACGUCCGCUGGGCGAAGACGCUCAAACUCUCAAGGCGUUCUACGAGAAGAGCCCAUAUCCGACGAUGGAUCAGAAGGAGCGGGUGGCGGCACGGAUGAAAGAGUUGACGAGGAAGCAGGUUCGGAUGGGCUUCAGAUGAAGAAGCACAGUCAAACUGAAAUGGUUUCAGGUGAUGCAGUGGUUCCAAGACAGGAAACGACGCAUGCGGGAUGCCCAGAAGAAGGCGAGAGAAUUGGAGAAGGAACAAAAGAGACCUUCAGUUCCAGGUCCAUCGAAAAGACCGUGUGCCCGUAUGGAAGGUACAGAACAAAAACAGACUUGACUUGUCACAACCACCCAAAUGUUCCAGAUGUUCCAGUGAUUCAAUUUCUUCCGGCACCAUCUUUUAGAAUUCCGAAGAAGCCGAAAGCAUCGGCAGGAUCGGCACCGCCUCCAGGACACGUUCAAAAGGAGAAUGAAAAGAGUGAGUUGUGUGUUGUACUAUAUUCCCACAAACCGAUGAAAUUUUUCAGAGGUGGCCAGAAACCAGUCGCCCUCCGUCACACCGCCGGCACCUCACGUUCGGAUUCAAAAAAGAAAGAGAUCACCAUGUCCUCUACCAAGAGAGGAAGAUAAUCAGGGAAAGCGGAAGGCGGAAUCGUCAUCCUCGUCCAACACACCUCCAAAACCGGCACCCAGACCCGAUCCUCGGUCGUCCAAUUCCACGAAAGGCACCUCAUCGUGUCGGAAAGGUUCAGAAACCACAGAAUUUCCUUACCACAACCUCCAGAUGUUUCAGAUGAUAAAUGUACAGUUCAAGAAGCAAGAAAUGAGUCGAGAAGGAAGAGACUGUUCGGACAGCCAGAAGCGGCAGUUGGAGACGAUUCCAGAGAGAAUCGGACGAUUACUGAAAACAGUUUGUGAACAGUUUGUUAUCUGGUUGAGUAUGAUUACGUUCAGGUGCUACAAAAGCAUUCGCGCAAUGGUUCCAAGACGGGAAGAGACGAAAUCGGGAUGACCAGAAGAAGGAGAGAGAAUCGGAGCAGGAACAGAGGAGACUGCCUGGACGUUCAGUUCCAGGACCGUUCAGUUCUCCGGCAGGAACCUCAUCGUGUCGGAAAGGUACAGACACAGAAUACAGAAUACAGAAUUACCUUACCACAACCUCCAGAUGUUUCAGAUGAUAAAUGUCCAGUUCAAGAAGCAAGAAAUGAGAGACUGUCCGAACAAUCAGAAGCGGCAGUUGGAGAAGGUUCUAGAGACGAACGGAAAAAGAAAAAGAUCCCCUCCGUCACACCGGCGACUUCUUCUCCGAACUUCCUUCCAUCGCUUCCUGUCUCGAAGGACACACUUCUGGCACCUCUUCACCACAUUCAGAAAAGAAAAAGAGAAGAAGAAGUACAGAGUAAACUGGUAAAAGAUGGAGAGAAGACGGUGACAAAGGAUGUUGAAAAGCCAAAAAGUGCGUUGUUCAUUUCAAAAUACUGCAAAAUGUUUCUGAAAAGAUUGCUAUCGGAUACAAUAUGAUGAUUUUCAGGUCCUCCGAGUCGCCCGCCCACUUCUUCUCCUUCUCCUGAAGCACCCGCAUCUUCUUCGUCGACUCAAAGUUUUCGAAUUCCAAAGCCGGCAGAACCUCCAGAUGCUCCAGUGAUUAAAUUUCUUCCGGCAUCAUUUUUUAAAAUCCCAAUUAAACCGAAUGCAUCGGCGAAAUCUGCACCACCUCAAGGACAUGUUCAAGCCGGGAAUGCAGAGAGUUUGUUGUGUUUAUUUAUUAUGUUUUCCCACUGAAAUAUUUCAGACGUGGCCAGAAACCAGGUCCCUUACGUCACACCACCGGCACCUCCCGUUCAGAUUCAGAAAAGGAAGACAGAACAUUCUCCACCACCACGAGAGGAAGAUGAUCAGAGAAAGCGGAAGACGGAGCCGUCAUCCUCGUCCAGAACGCCUUCAGAAAAUGUUCAAAUUGAAAAAGCGAAAUGUAAGUCAAAACUGUUUGAGACAACAUUGUUAUCAGGUUCAUAAUAAAGAGGUUCAGGCGCUCCAGCACCCAGACCCGAUCCCCGUACCUCCAGUUCCUCGAAAGGACUGUGUCCCAGUCCGGAAGGUACAUAACAAAAGUAAAGUUGACUUAUCACACGUCCCAGAUGUUCCAGAUGAUCAGGUCAUCACACCGGUCCCGUCGCCGGUCUUCCGGAUUCCAAAGAAACCGAGUGCCUCGACAGAAUCGGUAGCUGAAGCAAAGAGUGAGUCGUCUAUUCUGGAAACAAACAUUGUUAUAUUAUCCCGCAAACUACUAGCAUUUUUCAGACGUGGCCAGAAACAAGAUCCCCUCCGUCACACCGCCGACUUCUUCUCCGCAUUCAACUCCAAAGCUUCCCGUAUCGAAGGCAAAAGAAGUACAGAGUAAACUGGUGAAAGAUGGAGAGAAGACAAUGGAAAAGGAUGUUGAAAAGCCAAAAAGUGCGUUGUGUUUUCUUCAUUUCAAAAUACUGCAAAAUGUUUCUGAAUAGAUUGCUAUCGGGUACAAUAUGAUGAUUUUCAGGUCGUCCGAGUCGACCGCCCACUUCCACCCCUUCUCCUGAAGCACCCGCAUCUUCUUCGUCGACUCAAAGUUUUCGAAUACCGAAGAAGGCGCGCACGCCGGCAGAACCGACAAAACCAGCGGCAAAGAGUGAGUUUUGUGCUCUUGCAACGAACACUGUUCUGCAAAGUAUGAAAUGUUACAGAUGUGCCGAGAAAACAUGCACAUUUGCGAGUGAAAGUUCCCGCACUUGUGGUCCCAAAAGGAACUCCCUACUUCCUUCCGUUCGGAGCUUCGGCCGAUUAUCUUCGUUGGACAGUGAGUUGAAUAUCCUCUUUUCAUCCCGAAAUCCCUCAUUUCAGGUUCAAGAAGUCCGUCAAUGGGCUCAGUUCAUCGGAGUGAGCAACCCAUUGACUCUGAAGGUGAUUGAAGAGAAGGGAAUCGAUGGGAAGAGGCUGCAAGGGAUUGUCGAGAAGGGGAACGGAGCGAUGCACGAGAUGGGCAUCCCAUUCGGGCCGUUCGACACGAUCAAGAAUCAUUUGUGCGUGGUUGUUAACAAAAUGAAUGGAUACUAG